AUGUUUCUAGGCCGUACAUGCACAGUGGAUACGACGUUAUGGAGCGCGUCGGAAAUCGUCGGAUAUAUGCAACGCUUGAAGAUUAUUAAAAAUGUGAAGCUGAUUUUUGCGAAUUCCCUAGUAUCUGAGAUCAAUUUCGACAAUUGCUAUGAAGCCGAUAACGUCGAAUUGCUUUUGUACAAUAAUCCGUAUCUCAAGUACAUCCGAUUUCCACUUCUUAAUGUUCAAUUCGUCCCAAUCAAUCAAAGGGAACCGUUGACAUACCCUCUUCACAUUGGACAUGGUGGAUCAGGAGGUUGGCCAGAAAGUGGAUCAGGAGGUGGAUCUGAAAGUGGAUCAGGAGGUGGAUCAGGAGGUGGAUCUGGAGGUGGAUCUGAAAGUGGAUCUGGAAGUGGAUCAGGAGGUGGAUCUGAAAGUGGAUCUGGAAGUGGAUCAGGAGGUGGAUCAGGAGGUGGAUCUGAAAGUGGAUCUGGAAGUGGAUCAGGAGGUGGAUCUGAAAGUGGAUCUGGAAGUGGAUCAGGAGGUGGAUCAGGAGGUGGAUCUGAAAGUGGAUCUGGAAGUGGAUCAGGAGGUGGAUCUGAAAGUGGAUCUGGAAGUGGAUCAGGAGGUGGAUCUGAAAGUGGAUCAGGCGGCGCUGCGAACUCGGCGGGAAGUGCGGCCGAGGCCGGCGGCCAACCAGAAACAACAAGCCCCUCACCAAUAGCCGACAAGUCCGAGGGAACUGCGCGACAAACUGGCUCGGUGAUGGAUGUCGGCUCGAAAGGAGACGGCAAAAACGACGGCAGCAACGCGGGAUUCGGUCUCUUCAGCGUGAGAAAUUGGCAGCGUUUCAAAGACGGAUUGCUUAUCAACAAAAUCGCGAAACGAAAAGGAAAUUCGGCGAAUUGCUCACCUUAUUUGUCGAUUGUUGUUCUCGUUUUUUUGGUUUGGCUAUAA